UUUAAACAUGUUCCCCUUAGGCAUUGUAUACCAAGAAACAAGUAUUGAGGCUGUGAAAUAAUGCCAACAUCUGAGGGCACAUUGUUCAUUUUGCUGCUGAUUAGUAGUCUGCAGUUGGCCAGAAAUCACAGUGAAGAUACAGUGAAUCCCACAUCUUCAAGAAGCAGGGUAAGCAGCACUCCUGUGAGUCCAACUAUAUUCAAUGUGACCUUUGAUAGAACUUCUACAGAAUCUAGAAAUAUCAGUGCUAGUCCAAAUGAUAGUACUGUAACAGAAAGCAAUACUCCAAGCAACAAGACCACCUCAACCCUGACUCCAACAUCAUCUCUUCACACUUUGCUAUUACCAACAACACAUCCACCGACUUUUACUACAAAAGAUGCAAAGCAUAGAAUAUCCUCUUCGGGAAUGCCUGCAAAUACUUCUAGAAAAUAUGAAGCUACCACUUACUUCAAGUCAUUUGAAACUGAAUCAAACAGUGUCACCACAAGCACUCCUAACAUCAGUUUCACGACCAGGGUUUCCCAUAACACAACUCAAGUAGAUGGUUUAACAUUUCAUCCCACUAAAAAUCUAUCAAAUACAACACCUAUGUUGUUAACUACUAGGAGUAGUACUGUUACAACUGAAUUAUCAACAACAGCAAAGCUGCCUCCCAAAGCAACGGAUAGCUUUACAGGACCAAGAGAAGCCCCAAAAGAAAGCCAUAUUAAUGGAGGGGUAAUAUUUGGAGCAAUUGUAGGAGCAAUAUUAGGCUCUGCGCUGAUUUGCCUGGUUGGAUAUUUAAUCUGUGGUAAAAGAAAAACUGAAUCGUUUGGACAUCAGCGACUUUAUGAUGACACAAGAAAUGAUCCAGUUCUGCGACUAGAUGCUAUACCUGAACCUUUCAAUGCAAACUUUGGAGAUAUAUCCUACUACAAUCCCAUGGCAGCCAAUGAGAACCCUGUCCAGAACCACAAAGAAACAUCAUACAAUGCAAUCCCAAUGGAUGACAUGACAUCAUCACAGCCUUCAGCAGAAAUGCAUAAAGCCAUAUGUUAGAAUUAAAAACAUAUAGAUCUUGUUCCUUCAUGUGGCCCCUAUAAAAUUUGAAUGUGUGUAGGAAGUGAUGAUUGCAGGUCAUGUCAUACUCUUUUUACCAAUCUUUUGCAUAUGAGAGUGAAUGAAUAUAUGCUAUCCCAUUAGAAGAAAUGCUGGCAGACUCAUAAGUAUGAGUAGACUUCUAAGAAAACUGGGUCCUUGAUCUGAAGUAACCUUUUUUAUAUUGGUAAUGUUUAUUGAUGGACAUUUGCUGCCUCUGCUGUUACCUACCAAGUGAUAACACUACAUAUGUAAACCGGUCACAAAUGUAAGUUCUGGUCCAUUUGUAUUAUUUUAGACAUCCAUGCUAUGAAUUAAACAAAAGCAAUCCAAACUACUUAUAUAAAAAUAUUUGCAUAAUUUUCUUUUAAACCCAAAUAUUUGUAAAGAAGUUAUUAAUUAUGACGGAAUAUAAGAUCAUUUACAAUCAGUAUGCUUCAGACUGAGAAAUGCUGAACUUUUCUGCUUAAUAAUAUCCCCAAAAUAUGUGCUAAUGUCUACUGAAAAUAGGAUAUUGGACAAAAGGGAUUUUUUACCCUUUCAAAGAAGAGCAAUUUUUCAACAAUUCAGCCUCUAAAUGAAAUUAUACAAGUAUCACAACAUUAGUGAUAAUAUACAGUCUAGUAAAAUCCUCUUCAUCCUUCCAAAUACUAAUUCUAAUGACAUUCAGAGUUCAAUAUUUUUCUCAAGGAACUGAUUGUUUAAUACUGAGCAGGUAAACUAUUUUCAUGGCACUGCUUAAAUUCAGUGGCAAAAAUGAUAAAUUUUGGCAAUGUUGCUCUCCCUCAUUUUUUAAAAUAGCCUCCAGAGUGUUCUCUUUCUAUACUUUGCUCCAAUUGGAAGAAAAAAAAGCUUACAUCUCUGCCCAUUCUAGUGUCAUCACCAGCUCACCCUCGAGCUUUUCUGGAAAAAGAUCUUAGUAAAAAGGAACAUGAAGAAAAGCUGCCCUCCCCAGAUUUAGGAGGAAGCUAAUUUUGUUAUAACAGAGUUUUUUUUAAUGUAGCAGAGCACCCUAAUUUUAUUUUGUUAUCAAAUAAAUAAAUUACCUAAUCAUCUAAUUAUUAUUGGUAGGUCAAUUUAGAAUAAAUAGCCACAUUCACCAAAGUGAUGUCUCCUAGAUAUGUUGGAAUUACAACUGCCCAACUUUCCAAAUUACAGGUUAUUUGGGAAUUCAAGGAACUGGAACUGCAGCUCAUCUGUAGCACAUCAGGCUGACAAUAAAAGAAAGUUAACAGAAUAGCUGAGUUGAAAGGGACCUUGGAGGUCUUCUAGUCCAACUCCCAAUUUAAACAGGAAAUCUUAUAUCAUUUCAGAGA